AUAUACAAUUUCGCUUCAUUCAAACAGAACUACAAGCGUAAAAUUGGGUUGGAAGAGGAAUCCAAUUGUGAAUGGAAAAGUGUAGAAUGUAACGAAUUUGUAUGCCUUUUUGUACUAGAAGAAUCCCCCGACGAAAGCCCCGAAAUCCCGAUCACACGCCACCGUAUAAUCAUCGAUGAAGAGUUAAACGUGAAAAUAGAUACGAAGGCCAAAGAGACUAAUGUUUUCCUGGCUGAAGGAGAAUCGCUAGCGUGCUAUUCCCAGCUUCUCACUAUUAUGAAUGUUUUAGCCGAACCAUCAUCCUACGGCGAAGAGGGUACCGAUGAAGAGUGGCUAGAAACAGAGUCACUUGAGCCGAUAGAAAACAUCCCAGAAGCAGCACCAGUCGUGGAUCCCCCGAUGCUCGAGAGAACAUCAACGAAGCAGUAUAAAUGUUCCUACUGCCCCAAAACAUUUUCCCGCCCAAUUCGACGGCGCGAGCAUGAGAAUGUCCAUACGGGUCAAAAACCGUACGAUUGUCCCUCUUGCUCACGUGCCUUUUCCACAUCGUCGAUGCUUUAUGCCCAUAGCCAGCUUCAUCACGGUGUGCAGAAUCAUGCCUGCCCCGAGUGUGGGAAAAAAUUCAACCGGUUACGCAACAUGAGACUACAUCAUCGAUUGGUGCACCUGAAGGAGAAACCCUAUGCCUGCCCAAUUUGCCAGCGACCCUACACGGAUUAUACGUGCUACAGGCGCCAUAUCAAAGUACACUCGCAAGGCGAUACCAGCGCUACGAAAAGUCAUAUUUCCACCACAAAAUGCAAACCUCCCAAGCGGGAACGACAACGCAAACCAGUCCAACAUGCACCGAAGCCGACAAAACCUACGAGUUGUCCACCGAAUGGUACGCGCCGGAAGAGAAAUACCCUUCCCAAAAACCACCGAUGCGAGCUAUGCGGUGCCCUUUUUGCCCGUCGGAGGAAUGUAGAAUAUCACGUUAAAUAUACGCACACCGGCAUCAAGCCGCAUGAGUGCGAGUUCUGCGGUAAAAAGUACGGCGAUAUUACCUCAUUCAAGCGGCACAUUCGGGCGCAUACGGAAAUAGCUUUGCAGCGACUUCCGACCCAGGGUGUGGAGGAAAUUGUUCUCCAGCGGCUAGAAACAUCGGGACUAGGUGCUCAGGAUGCGACGGUUAUGCCGGAUUUGUCACAGAAUACCGUGUUUACCAGCUAUUUAAUCCUUAAUCCGAUAAAUUAAGCUAGCAAUGUUACCGAACCAAAAGUUUAUAAUGCAAUAAAAAUGAGGAUAAACGAUGAAUUAGUAAUC